GGGUAAAGAGAGUUUCCAAAGAGAUGCCGGUCAGGUGAUUACACCAACAAGACAAUAUGAUUCUGAAACUCAAUUUCUGCCUGUCGACUUACUCGGUCCUCAUUCUCCUAUCCUUAUCUACACAAGCUUUCGCCGCAAAUCAAGCAAAAACGAAAGUGGUCCCUUCGUCAACUAUUUCUACGAAAAGCUUGAAAAAUGGAAUAUCUGAACAGGUCGAAGGAAGUGCAAACAUUCCCGGCAGGUUAGCAGACAUCGAAGUCAAUGGAUCCGGCUACCCAACCGACGACGAAGACGGUGAUGAUGUCCAUGGGUCAGGCAAGCCGCCAUCUUCAGCUACCACAAAAUCGGACAAGGUUACAUCUCCAAGCCAUGCUGUUGUGACUGCAAAGCCGACAACGGUACCUACUACUACAGCGAGCUUCAAGCCUCCUGUUCAGCCCAAGCCUAAGCCAGCGGCAAACGACAAGGAGAUCAAGGUCGAGGAGGACGAGGACGAUGAUGAAGAUGAGGAUGAAGAUGAUGAGGAUGAUGAAGAAGAUUUUGCUGAUGAGAAUAUUCAUAAUGAUGAAGAUUUCUUCACAACUACUACUACAACAACGUAUCGACCUAUUGUUGUAGCUACCACCUCAACGCCAAGGUCAGCAGCCACAAAUCCACCUCGACAGCAGCCACCAAUGGUCACAUCAACCAUCUCAUCUGGACCAUUCUCGCCAUUCCAUGAGACACUGGCAAAUGGCUUCUAUGCAGCUAUUGCCGGAGGUGUUCUCGUUGCGGUGAUUACAGCCAUUCUACUCGUGCUCUUUGUAGUCUUUCGAAUCAGGAAAAAAGAUGAAGGGUCAUACGCAUUGGAUGAACCCAAGCAAGCAAGACCAUAUGCCUCGUAUGGUUAUACCAAAGCAUCGACAAAAGAAUUUUACGCGUAAUCUCUACUGUCAUUUGUUCAAAAUCUUCUAUCACUCAAUCACCUUUCAAAUCAUUUUUAUGAUUCUGUUCUCAGACUUCAUUCCAAUCUGCCAUACCUUUCAAUUUGUUUUUUUCCCACUCCCAUUUUUUUCAAACCCUCCCCCCCCCCGCCUUCCUUUCGUAAAGGUCAUUACUCUCUGUUCUACUCGUGAUAAUUUGAUAAUAUAAACUGAUCUGACUCCAUGGUGCCAAAUAUUUGAAUAUAAUCUUUUGUAGACCCACUUAGGGGUAGGGAUGCAUGUAUCUUUGACUCAAUUUAUACUAUACUCCCUUGUUACUAUAAUGUGCUCAUAUUAUCCUAUUCUAGAAAUUUCCACCUAAUUUCCAAAAUCCCUCAACACUCUCACGCGGUUUCUCUGGUUUCUGAUGGCACUUAUCUGCUAGAGUUUUUUGUUUCAAAACUUGCCUCUUGAAAUUUGUACUUUUUCUUGUUUUAUCCGUUUACCUUUUUCUUUCCAAUAACAUCUUCUGUAACAAUUUGAGAUGCUCACAUAUUUUAUGUAUUCAAAUUUAUAAAUAUAAAAAUAUUACAUUAAUGUUCCAAA